AUGCUGCCGCGAUCGCUGGAAAAGGGUACGUCCUUCACGGGGCAGCAAACGACGGUGCUUGGGAUUGGGGUAGCUUUUAUGGCAUUUACCUCGGCCGUAAUUGCCCUUCGCGUCUAUGUCAGGACACUUUUGCUGCGCGCGUGGGGAGCUGAUGACGUCCUUAUGGUAAUCGGAACUAUCUUAACCUACGGUCUCUCCAUCGCAUCGAUUGUGGCCGCAUAUUAUGGCGUUGGCAAACACUAUUCAGACGUUCCUAUCGAAGAUCGAAUUCCUAUGUUCAAGUGUAUAUGGGCUACACGCCUCCUCUACGUGCUGGGAUUGUGUUUCAUCAAGCUAUCUCUCCUAUGGUUCUAUCUCCGGCUUGAAACACGACGUUUCAUGCUAUGGCUUGUGUACUCCGUUAUCUUCAUAGUUCUGGGAGUAUCGAUCUCAAGCUUCUUCGUUGAUACAAUUUCCUGCAUACCACCCUCUAAGUUUUGGAAUUCGGCCAAGUCAGGACAUUGCAUGUCAACGGCGUCCCAGCAGAAGUUCUAUGAAGUUAAUGGCAUCCUCGUCAUCGUCAUGGAUAUUCUCAUCUGGGCUGUUCCCAUUCCGAUGCUAUGGCGUGUUCGUAUCUCUUUGCGAAAGAAGAUCGCAGUAUUGGGGGUUUUUAGUGUAGGCCUUUUGUCUAUAGCUGCUGCUUGCGUGAGAUACAACACCGUCUUGCAACUAGCCAACAAUCCAGAUGAAACAUACGUGCUGGCUGCCUCGCUUAAUUGGUGUGGCAUCGAAGCCUACGUCGCCAUAUUCUGCGGCUCCACUCCAGCAUUAUAUGUUUUUGUGAAGCGCUACCUCCCACGAAUGCUGGGCCCGUCCUACGCGCAUAAUCCAACCUACUCAGGACAGAGCAAUGCGAAGAGAUUCAGCGCGCCAUUCCGCGCAGUCUCCCACCGACGCAUGAGCGAAAGCCGGCUAGGAGAGAGCCAAGAUGCAUUAUAUGAUGGCGAUGGCAUUAUGCUUAAGACAGACAUCCACUGGGAGGUCACUGAUAUCGAUGCGGAAGGUCGACUGGACCCGCACCAUGUAAAUAUCUGA